CAUUCAAUAAAUGUCAACUUUGCUAUAAAAUGAAUAGUAAAAUGUUGAAAUAGUGUUAGUUUAAUGUUCAUGCUUAAUAAUUAAAAAAAAAUUGAAUUUAAAAAAUAGUUUUAGCAGUUGUGUAUGGAGAUGAAUGGAGCUUUCUCCCUAAACAUGUGAACGUGCGUAAAAGGUUCCCGCGCACUGCGUGUUCCUAGUAUUUUCAUGGCUCCAUGGCAUAUCCGCCAUGAUGGCUUUAUGCUCAACACGCUCAACAUGGAAAGUUUCAAAGUUGUUUUAUCGUAUUUGUGACUGAGUGCGUGUAAAUAAAAACAAUGGGAACAUACUAGAGGAAAGAAAGUAUUGUUUAGUGCCCUCCUCGAUCGGCUCGAGGGAAAGGGAGCUAGUUUUUAGGAAGUUUUAUGUUGGCCUUGUCGAGUGUUUGGUGCUGUCAACAAAUAUGUCGAAGCUUUCAUUUAGGGCGAGGGCCCUGGAUGCUAGCAAACCCAUGCCUAUAUACAUGGCUGAGGAACUCCCGGAUCUUCCUGAUUUUUCAGCGAUUAACCGGGCAGUUCCUCAAAUGCCUUCAGGAAUGCAAAAAGAGGAGGAAUGUGAGCAUCACCUUCAACGAGCAAUUGUUGCUGGGCUCAUUAUUCCGACCCCUGAAGUAUCUGAAAUGCCUGACAAAGAGUUUUAUGAGAAAGUUUAUCCUGCAAAUUACAAGCAACCUCGGCAGCUUAUCCACAUGCAGCCAUUCACAAUGGAACAGGAUAUUCCCGAUUAUGAUAUGGACUCUGAUGAUGAGCGGUGGCUGCACUCUCAAACACAAAAACUUGAUUUGUCUCCAUUAAAAUUUGAGGAAAUGAUGGAUAGGUUGGAGAAGAGUAGUGGCCAAACUGUUGUUACAUUAAAUGAGGCAAAGGCACUGCUGAAAGAAGACGAUGAUCUCAUCAUAGCAGUAUUUGAUUAUUGGUUAAAUAAGCGUUUGAAAACACAACAUCCUCUAAUCUUGACUGUCAAGACAGAACAUAGAUCUGGCACUGCAGCUAACAACCCAUACUUAGCAUUUCGGCGACGAACAGAGAAGAUGCAGACACGGAAAAACCGCAAAAACGACGAAGCUUCCUACGAGAAGAUGUUAAAAUUAAGAAGGGAUUUGUACAGGGCUGUGACACUCUUGGAACUUGUAAAAAGGCGAGAAAAAAUCAAACGAGAACACGUACAUCUAACAGUGGAAGUUUUUGAAAAACGUUUUCAAGCUAAGGACUUCAAUGGAACAGUUAUGGCAGAAGCAUCGGCCAUCAAAUCGACCAGGCCUGCAUUUACGCCAAUAUUUCAUAAUCCUUAUCCAAAUCAAGCUUGGUCUAACAAGUCGAUCUUGAAAGAUGAGGUCUUACCAAGAAGAGAAAAAAGACAGUACAAGAAACGUAAACACAAAUCAUUAAGUGGUAGUCGGUCUAGUGGCUUUGGUGUUGAUUCUCUUGGAGGUUUAUCUUCAGAUGAAGAUGUGGGCAUGUCCCAGUUAUCUCCAGAGCCAGAAGAAACAGAAGACGAAAGUCAGUUUGCUUUUAGAAGAAAUAAGUUAUGUUCAUACCAUACACCUCUACCUAAUGAAGGCAAUUGGCAGUGGUGUUCAAAAGAAGAAAAUGGUUUGGCAGAUAAACGGUUCCGAUUUACAUUAACAUCCCUUUCUAACCCUCGUCGUUGUAUAGGUUUUGCUAGAAGAAGAGUUGGAAGAGGUGGUAGAAUUAUCCUUGAUCGUAUUUCAACAAAUUAUGAUGAUUUUUGGAGGACAUUGGAUUUCUCUAUAACAGAACCCGAGAGAGAAGUAGGUGCUAGUUCAACCAUUGAGGAAGAGCCAGCAUUUUGUCAACAAACUGAUAUUAAAAGUGAAGUUAGUGUUAAUAACAAUAAUAACAGGAUAAGUGAUAAUAGUGUGAUUAGUGAUAGUAUUAAGGUGGGAAUUAAAAAGGAGCCGGAAGAUGUGCAAGAAGAGGAUGUAAUGUCAAUGGAACAUGUAUAUACAAAAAAAGAAAAGGAUGAAAUGGUUGAUUUUCUCAGAUCGCUCAGGAGGGAUUGGUUACAUUUUCGACCUAAAACUCCACCACCUGACUAUGAAGUUCCCUGUGAUAUGCUUCAUACUGAGGAAUCAUUCUUCGAUCCCAGUGCCAAUACGUUUUCUAUGGAGAUACAAACGUUGGAUGCACCGAGCUCUACACUUCUAGAUACUUCUACGUUUAUCUCUGAUCCUUUCACACUUGACCACAUGGACUUGGAUACAAGGCAGAUUUCACCUGCUGUGUCCACUCUUAAUACGCUUAUACCUAGUGUUAGUGAUAGUAAUGAAGUUGACAACUUGUCAAGUGAUUCUUCUAAUAGCGAUAGUGACUUUAGAACUAUUGGUUGCUCGAACUUUAAAGUGAAUGAUCUUGGUAUGAAUGACAGUAAUGUUAUGAUGAACACUACUGUGACGCGAAGUCAAAAAAAAAUUCAUUCAAAUGCUAGUCGCAAAGUGAACAAUACAAAUUUACUAUCUUCUUCUUCAAGUGGGGAAGAAUUCAAACCAACGAUCAGGAGCAGCCCAGAUUCUUCUCCACUUGGAAACACCAAUGGAUUAUUGAGUCAGCUUUAUUUUGAUGUACCUCCUCCUAGAACAAAAAACAAUAAACUUCAAUACGCUUACUCUGGAGGUGUGGGAUAUCCAAAUGCAUCUUCAGGCACCCUAAGUCUUCAUACUUCUGCGCAUACUCUUACGCUUAAUAGUCAUAGUGCCAACAUACUGGAUAUUCCAUUGACAAAUGAUUCAGAAACAAGUAAAAUAGAUGCAGAAGCCACUGGGGGGCCUGUGUCCAGUAAUAAUAAGUCAAAAAACAUAGUUCGGAAAAAUAACAUCAUAAUGGAAGUAACGUGAUGAUCGGUUUGGUGCCUGCUCUCCUUGGGGAUUGCGGGAUGAGGAAUCAAUUUUGAAUUACAGGGUGUUGCAUUACACAAAAAAAACUCAGCAUAUAUAUAAAUAUGCCUGCAUGAUUUCGGUGUUAAGUUAUGAUUUAUGUAAUAUAGAAACUAGAAUUCAUGUAUCACAUGCAAAGAAGUGUGGAAAAAGAACUUGUUUGUUUAUUUUUCUCUGCUUUGAAAUUUUUCGGCUUCUGGAUAGGCAAAAAAUUAAAAAAAAAAUAUCUUAGAAAAAAGUACAAAAAAAAUAAAAAAUAUGGAUGUUUGGCAUAAAAUAAGAAAUAUUUUUAUAUUUGAAAACGUAAGUACCUAACUGAAUAUGUGUAUGAUAAUAUUUAAAAUUACAGUGGAUAGAAAAUAUAGGAGACCAUGUUAGUAAGUUUUUUGUGUCACCAAUACCAAUUAACUAACUAACUAUCAUAAAUUAUAUAUUUUCGAUUUUCACCGUCCAUUCUUAACAAAUAUCUUUUAGAAAGUACAUUCAUCAAUUACCUUGUAGGGUUGUUUGAAAUUCAUCAUAAAAACACCUAAUCUGUCAUAAAUUUUAAAUAGGUAUAUCCAAACAUAUGUAAAUUAAAACAAAUCAUGUAUAGUAGAAAGUGUGAACAGUAUAUUAAUAUUUUAAGCUAAUCAAAUUGACUUCAAUGGCUUUGCUUGAUAGAGAAGCUUCAUUUCAACAUGAGCUGUUUCCAAAAUGUUAAUAUAUUAAUGGCAGUGAUCUGAAAUUUCUCCAACUGUGUAUCAAGUACUAUAUUGGAAUUUCUAAGUAACGGUUACAGAUUUUUUUUUAAAUGUUAUUAAUAUUAUUAUUCUAUAUAAGUAAAAGGCAGUAAAUUAAAUGUUUUCAAAGGAUAUCUUAGCCACACGUAAAAAUGUAUGGUUUUGAAAAACAAAACAAUUUAGUAAGAUCUAUAGUCAAAUGAUAAUCACUAUUCAUGUUUAAAAGAUAUUCUGAUAUAUUGAAAUUAUAAAAUUCAUACAAAUUUUUAUAGUCUUCCAAUUAUUCACUCCAAUAUUUUUAUUUAAAUUUUCAAUUCCCCAAGUUGUGGUGGGAUAUAGGUAUAAAUAAAAAGCAA